AGUAGUUACCGCAGACUUUCGUGAAGAAACAUGUUCAGCAAAAAAAUUCACGCAGACGUCAAGAAGUCGACUCAGAAAGUCCAGGAUUUGAAGAAAGAUUCUGCUACACGUUUGAAGCAUCUCAGAAUUGUGCUGGAACAUGUCGAUGUCGAGGAGGCAAAAACUUUCUUUGAGAGCAAUUUCAGUCACAUCUACAGCAUCCUUUAUGACAGUUUUGUAGCAGCUGAAGCAAAUCUGAAGCAGAGAGAGUUGUCUUUCCACUUAGUUCACAAGGCUCACAGAGAGGAACUGGAAUUCGUGCUGUUGAUACUGGAGAAAGUGCUGGUGCUGCUGCCUGAACUCAUCUCAGGACGGUGGCAACUACACAGCCUCACGCGCAUCCUUAGUAAACUCCUGCAUCCUGGAAAUUCUUACAAAUUGCGCAGAGAGGCAAUCAGGUAUUUUCUCUUAUGGUAUCAAGCACUGGGUGAUAAUGCACCUGACAGUCUGCAUGCCAUUUUUGCAACAUUAGUACCAGGUUUCCCAUCGCCAUUCCCAGGGAUGGGGCUUCCUGCAUUAAGCCACAACUCUGCCUCUGUGUUUCAUGAUGCAACUGCAGGUCCUGUAUGUCCUGUGGAAAUACAACCACUGUUGUCUCCACAAAGUGGGGAGAAGCAGCCAGAAGACCCCACUCGGUUUUUUCUUGACGCGUUACUGGAGUUCAUGGUGUCCCAGGUUACGAAGGUGGAAUGGAGGGACCGUGUUAAUAGGCAGCAUAAAUGUUUCACAUUUCUGUUUGAACGUUUCAAGCAGUAUUACUUGCCACAUAUCUUCCCAGAGUUUUCUCAUAUGACAAGUCUAUACAAGCCCGUUCUAGAAGUACCCUUGAAGAAACGUGCGUGUCCUGCUCCUGUGGAGACAGCUGAUGGUAAAAAACGAACUGACCCUUUCAUUGCCUGCCGUGUUGCUGUGAUCAGAUGGGUUGCCAUUUUUACACAUAUCACAAAAAAAGGAAGUGAACACACAUUUGUCCCAGCUCCAUCCAGCAGUGUCUCACCGAAUGAGGAAACAGACCGUUCACCAGGGACAGAGCUCAGACGUGUCAGUGUGAGUCAGGCAGGCUCGAACCAUGAAGCACAGUCUGCUGUGUCGCCAUUAUCAGAUUCAAACAAUUCAUCAGCAUUUUCCCAGGCAGAAGGUGGACACACAGUUACUGAAGAUCCAAACUCAGCAGCCAUUAACUUGGUGCGUGAAGUGCUGUAUAGUACACGUGAAAACGUUAACUUUGUGCAUGAAGUCUACAGACAAGCAUUUCUGCUCAAUUUCACUCAUUCACCUGCUAUACGCAAGGCCAUAGCUGUCUAUAAGGACUGGAUUCAAAUGAAUGUCCCAGAACUCCCUUGUUUUAUGCUGGAGCCACUUGAGAGCCACGUAAAAAACAGUGGACCACCAUCCAAUGAAUUUAGUUCCUUAGAGAGCACAGAAAGUCCUGAAUCGUACAGAGUGACUCGCCUAAGGAAUGAUUCAUACCUUGGAGCCAUUCACAAGGAGAAUUUGUUGGUACGGGCUGGUUUACAGAAUUUGCUACAGUUAUUCAUUACACAUGCAGCAAAUGUGUUUACGUUGGAGCUGAGUCCUGAUUAUCCACUCCUUUUGGAGGAACAAGUGGAUACAUGUAAGCGUGUCCUCAAUAUAUACCGGUACAUGGUGAUGCACACCCGUAUGGAAGCUCGUACUUGGGAACAGUUACUGGUGGUUCUCCUGCAAAUCACAUCACUCAUUUUAAGCAAAACACCCCCAAUACACAAGGAAGAGACCCUUGGAGGAAAGCUAGCCCCAGCAAUUUUUCAGACACUAAUAGUGACAUGGAUAAAAGCCAAUUUAAAUGUGGUUAUCUCUGCUGAUUUGUGGGACCAGUUCUUAGCAGUUUUGUCAUCCCUUACACAAUGGGAAGAACUCAUUCGUGAAUGGGCAAAAACAUUGGAAACACUGACACGUGUUUUGGCACGCCAUGUCUAUGGCUUGGACCUCACGGAUUUGCCACUUGAUCGCCUGACAGAACAAAAAGCCAAGAAACGGCGCGGAAACAGACAGCAGAGUGUAUGUGAGAAUAACCAGAACCAGGGCCACCCAACACAUCCAGCAUCUCAGCCAGCUCGCAACAGUGUUUCGUAUUCAUCUGGCCAAGGAUCAAUGCGAGCAAGUUCUAUUCCACCACUGGCAGCAUCCAGUACACCAUGUCAUGACCAAAGCUCUAGUGAUGGUCCUGCCAGCUUCAACACAACAGCUUCUGAGUUGUCAAGUGGAACGUUUCAGCAACACAAUCACUCUCAUUCACACCACCACCACCAUGGUAUACUGGGAAGUAGUCCUAGUCCAGAUAAACGCCGUAGUGGGUACCACGGACUGCACUUACGUAGUGUUAGCGAGGGAAAUUUAUCAAGUGCUGUUGCACAUCGCCAUCGCCACAAGAGUAGCAGGAUGGUAGAUUCUGGGCGUCACUGUGGAAGUCGAGCUGUUCCAGUUGUCAUCCCAGUCUUACCUCUUUGUGUGGAAAGAGAAGUGGCCCGAAUCAUUGCUCAUUCAGGUGACACAAAUUACUCACAACGUACAUACCCAAAAACCCGGAUUCACAAGUCACGUUCCAUGGAUUCUCUUCGAAGUGCCAGAGCAGGAACACCAUUCCAGUACUCUGAGUCAGAGGGUCCAACAAGAUCCCCCUCUCCCGCUCCAUCGAGUGGAGUUGAAAGCAAUUCAAUCAAAGAUUCGCCCAUGCAGAUUGAUGUAAUAAGUGCAGAUGGUACAAGUUUAGAUAUUCAAGAGACUAGUGGCCGAACUUCGGUAAUGGCAGGAGGAACAGUGCGUGGCUGGUUGCCUGAUGUGGCUGUUGUAUUAUGGCGCCGUAUGUUGGGAGCUCUUGGAGACGUCAAUCAGAUUAGUUCACCUGUGCUACAUGCCCAAGUCUUUGAUUACCUGGUAGAGCUGUCUGAUACACUAAUAAAAAUUCGGAUGAACCAAGGUGUGUCUGUAGAUGGCCUGUGCACACCACCUCCUCCAGAUUUAAUACCACCUCUAAAAAUUAUUGCUCCUUGGUGUUUCAAGGCCCUGUCAUUACCAGCAAACUAUGCACGCGGAAAGUUGAGUGCCUUGAGGUUGUUAUGCCAGAUGACAAUGACUCACCAAGACAUUCCAGCUCCUCAUGAUCAUGUUACUCACUUCUAUAAGGUGUUACACCAUGGACUUAUUGGCACUGAACAGGCUGUUGUCAACACAAUAGUGCAAUAUUGCGGACCUCGUUUCUUUUCACUGAUGUUACCAGGCUAUUCACUGCUAAUGUAUGACUUUAUUCAUGCAGCCAAUACUGUUUUAUCUUCGAAUGAUAUAGCAACAGCUCCUCGGACUGAGGCAGCUUCCAUAUUGGGCACUCUGCUUUGCUUGUCCAGCACCUUCCCAGAACUACCAGUACUUCAGCCCACAGUAAAGGAGUUCAGUGUGAGAUCCUGUGUCGAUGCCAAGGAUCACAUUGUGCCUAUUUUACUAAGAUGUGGGAAAAGAGAACCAACAGGUUUGGCUCGUUGCAUUGCUCUUUCGAGCUUGGGCAUUUAUGCGUAUCAAGAAUUGAGCCAUGGCACAUGUCAUCCUCGCAUAAAGGAUGCAGUCAAUGUGUUGUUGCUUGCAUUAAGGUUCAAUAACAAGACCGUGGCACUGGUUGCCUCCGAUGUUCUUGUGGCAUUGUCUGAUCAUGCAGCUCACUUACUUGAAGUCUUUCCAGAGAUACCUUUACGAAUUAUUGAGGUGUUAGCUCUUACAUUGUCGCAGCUGGCUCCACGUCAACAAAAUAAGGAGAGUUUAUCUGGUUCCAGUUGUGUCUUACUUACAUCACUUAUGUUUUGCCUUGGUGAGUGGUGCAUGUGUGUACCAAUUCCACAAUUAGUGGCUCAUGGUCGAAACUGUUUGCUGCUUACAGUUUUCAAGGUUUUAAGUCAGUUGCAGAGUGGAAAGUCACACGCAUUAGAAAGUGAGACACCACCUAUACCAGAGUCCGCAGACUACGAUUUGGAUAUAAAAUUAGAUAAUCUCCGUGAAGAAUCUGCACCACCUCAAAUACCACAAGAGCCACCACCUCCUGGAUCAGCAGAGCAACCCAUUCAACUUGCUGCAAAAAUGGUAUUAAUGCAUCUUGUAAAUCACCUUGGCCACUUUCCAAUGGGCAUAGGGGCAGCUCGAUUGUCUUCAAUGGUAGUUGAACAAGAUGAUGUACCAGGCCUUUCUGCUGAUGAGCUCAGUGCAGAAGUUUUUUCUGCCCCAAAUAUCCAGUUGUUUGUGUUAAGUAGCCGUUUGCUAGUCUCGCUGGUCGAGAUUCCUACUCUAGAUGUCCCUGGUGGGGGAGUGACGGCUGGCCUCCGUACUGCUCUCUCCCAGGUGCGCGUCAUUUUACGCGAUCUUGCUGGUAAAGCCAGCUGGGAUGCGUCAAUCUUGUACUGCUCUCCAGAUUAUGAGAGGACUGCAGAUUUUAGUAUAGUGGAGCAAGGUACCGAAUCCAGUGCACAGUGGGGAAAUUCAGUUCAUCCUGAAAUGUUGUCUAGUCUUGUUAUAAGUUCUCCACCACAGCACACUUUACGUCACCGUCCACCUCAUCAGUUACCUACUUGGGAAGAUGGUGCUGAUGAUAUGGAUAAUUUGGAUGACCUUCUACAAUAUCUUGGGCACACUAGUCCAGAAUGUCUCGAGAGCCUCGAUACCCCACGGAACAUUCCAGCAUCACCACCACCACAGUUCACUAGAGAACUGGAAGAAGAGAGCAUGACUGGUGUCUUAGGCCAAAGAAAUAUUGAGAGGGAUUUUUUGCAGAGACCUCUCAUAUCGCUGGGGAGUGAGCCGUGUGCUGCAGCAGUGCACUAUCCUACAACAGCACCAUUUCAACAUUGUCGGUUGUUGUUCUCGCAGCUAGGACUAGCUGGAUGGGAACGAAGAUCGCAAUUGCAAUUGCUUGCAAAGAAUGAAAAAUUGCUUCGGGAACUAAGAAACCUUGACACGCAGCGCUGUAGAGAAACACACAAAAUUGCUGUAAUAUAUGUAGCUGAAGGGCAAGAAGAUAAAAAUUCAAUCCUGUCAAAUACAUGUGGGAGCCAGGCAUAUGAAGAAUUCAUUUCUGGUCUGGCAUGGGAGGUGGAGUUGGAGUCCCACACUGGUUUUUUGGGUGGACUGCAACGAAAUAGAAGUACUGGUGAAACAGCUCCCUAUUAUGCAACUUCUUUUCUGGAAGCUAUUUUCCACGUGGCAACACGUAUGCCAUCAUCAAGCCAAGAAUCUUUGUUACAGAAGAUGCGUCACCUUGGUAACGAUGAAGUACAUAUUGUAUGGUCAGAGCAUAACAGGGAUUACAGGCGUGGAAUAAUUCCAACAGAAUUUUGUGAUGUUCUUAUUGUCAUCUAUCCUUUGCUGAAUGGAUUGUACCGUGUACAAGUCAAACGGAAGCCUGAUGUUCCAUACUUUGGACCACUCUUCAAUGAAGCAAUAGUUGACAGUAAAGUGCUUCCGGGCUUGGUGAGAGCCUCUGCAAUUAGUGCCAGUCGUGCCAAGCGGAGUAUGCUUCCUUUUUACCAGAACUAUUAUGAAGAACGUUCCAGAUCACUGGAGACAGUAGUAUGCAACCACAGGGAGCCAACUACAUUUGAGGAGUUUGCUGCACAGGUCUACUCUCCAGUGCAAACGCCAUCACCAUUUUGUGGAGGACCAACACGUUCCUCAGGGACAUCACUGAGCUCUCGUAGUCCUGAACCAAGCUGUUCAUCUGCACCAAGUUCAACACUAGCAGCAGCACUAUUGGACUCCCACCACCACUGCAGUGGCAGUUCAUCAGAUUCAAGGAUUCGAGGAGCUGAAAGUAUUAGAGUCUGGUUCGCAGGCAGUGAAGUGGCAUCUGCAGCUGACAGCGGACUUCACGGCAUAUCACCAAGACCAUUAAAGAAACUAUCUUUCAAGACUACAGCAAGGAAGUCUCUAGCUGUUCGCUGUGAAUCUGUUUCUCUCACUCCACCUGACAGCCCCACAACUCGGAAAACAAAGUAAAAGUGAUAAUGCCCACUAAAUAUAAUUUUAUAUCUUGACUCGUCAACAGUGUGCUUGUAUAUGUGUGUACGCGUGUUUUAAAGGACUGGUUCUUUUGCACUAAGUGAUGACCGAGAGUUAUUUAGGAAUGUCGACUGUUUUGACACAAACUUUAAAUGAAAAUUCAGAAGGUUCACAGAAAGCAUCAGCAUUCUUAUUUACUAGGUGCUAUUUAGUGUGUUGUUUCUCAGGGAUGUCAAUAAUGACUGCUGCCUCUUGUAUUGAGGAUUUAAGUAAGUUUCUGGACACACUGUUAAUAACAACUUGGUGCAUUUGUGUUAUUGUACCAGCAAGAAAGUGCUUGAUCUUUUCAUACUGGAUAUCAUUGGAAUCUACUGAAACUUUCUCACACAUUGCCAGAAGGUCAGUGAGUUGAACUGUUUACUUACCACGCAAUGAAAGAUACAAAAGUUGGUUGCUCAUCACUUGUGAUUAGUAUUUGUCAUUGACAGGUGUUAUUUAAAGCUCUACAGAUAAACAAACACUUGGAAGAAGAAAGAGCACAUUAUCAAAAUGGGAGUAUCAAAGGUGAUCAUAUCCAUCCCAGUAGUUGGCAUAAAACUUACCUCUUUGUCAGAUUCUUCGAAACAUUAAGUGUCUUACAUAGGAAACAUAUAUUGUAAAUUACUUUACCUACAGACGAGAGUUCCAAUCUCUUGUGUAGCAAGCAGCAAGAGUGUCAGAUAGUAUUUUUUAACAUUUUCUGCAUGUACUUUUAAAGAGAGAAUGUAAUUUUCUUUGACUUAACUUUACAAAGAACUUACAUUAAUUAAGAUUGUAUUCAUGAAUUUUCUGUGGCUGUAUCAAUAAUUCUUUCUCUUUUAGAUUUUACUUGACAAGCACUUACGUAGAAAAAAGCAGCUAAGCACAACUACUUCUAAAUGAAUAUUUUUUUGAUUA